AUGGAGAGAUGUGAGUCGAGUAGCGUUGGUGAAGAAGGCAAUUACAAUAGCUCAGAUGAACCAUUCAAACCUGUUCCCUUUGUUCGCAUUCUUUGGAUUGAUAAUUCUGGCAUUCAUAGAUGUCGUGUUAUUCCAAGAGAACGUCUCAGCUUCGUGAAAAAACAUGGUUUAGGAUUAAGUCCUGCAUGUCUUGCUGCACUCAGUUCAGUAUCUAAUUCCCCCGCGGAGGGUACUAAUCUUGGAUUUACAGGCAUGAUCAGAAUUAUUCCUGAUUUAUCAACCAGAUGCAAAAUCCCCUGGGAAAAACAACAGGAAAUGACAUUAGCAGACAUGUGUAUUGAACCAGAUAAACCAUGGGAAUACUGUCCAAGAGAAGUAUUUCGAAGAGUCACUAAAAUUUUAAAAGAUGAAUUUGACUUGGUUGUGAAUGUAGGCUUUGAAAUCGAAUUUUACCUAUUGAAGAGUGUAAUAAAGAAUGGCAAAGAAGAAUGGUUACCAAUCGACAAGACCUCGUACUGUUCUACAUCAGGAUUUGAUGUUUCUUCAUCGAUAUUAGAAGAUAUCGUUACUUAUCUUCAAACGAUGAAUAUUACAGUUGAACAGGUACACGCGGAAACUGGAAAAGGUCAGUUUGAAGUUGUCCUGGGAUACGCGGAGGCUAGUACAGCAAUUGCUAGCUUAAUUUAUGCGCGUGAAGUCAUCAAAUCAGUUGCAAGACAACACGGGCAGAUGGCAACUUUUGUUCCAAAGUAUGCAGAGGAUGAAGAUGGCUCGGGAUCACAUGUACACAUAAGUUUGUGGAGGAAUGGAGAAAACAUUUUUAUGGCAUCUGGAGAUUCAAAAUAUGGAAUGUCGAAGAUAGGGGAAUCGUUCAUGGCUGGAGUGUUAAAUCAUCUUCCUGCCAUAUUAGCUUUUACUGCAACACAUCCUCUUAGUUAUGAGCAUUUGGUACCUAAGACGCGAAAUGCAGCUUACCUCUGCUGGGGUAAAGAAAAUACAGAGGCACCAUUGAGAACUGCUAGCCCUCCUGGAAUUGCUGAUCAUCUCGUUAGCCAUUUUGAAAUCAAAGCGUUUGAUGCUUGCACGAAUCCAUACAUUGGUCUUGCUUCGAUAAUUAUUUCUGGAGUCGAUGGAUUACGAAAAGACUUAAACCUUCCAAAACCAGUAGAAGGGGAUUCAGAUGUAUCUGGAGAGAAUCUUCGAAGCGUACCAGAUUCUAUUUCUGAAUCUUUAAUUGCUUUAGGAGAAGAUACAUUGUUUUCAGAAGUGAUGAGUGAAAACCUUUUGACAGCCAUAAAAGGGAUUCGAAAGAUGGAAGUGAAGAACUAUUGUGAGCCUGAGAGGGACUACAAUUUUUAUGACCAGCAGAUCUAUAAGGAUCCACUUAAGGACAUCAUUUUCAAAUUUUAG